AUUAGGUUGCAGCGCGGGCUUCAGGCGGAGCUGGUCCCGUUGUGCUGCGGCUCCGCGCGGCCUGCAGUCCCGGGUCCGCGCCCAGCACCGCCCGCCAGCGCUCCGGCCAUGGAGCCCGGCCCUGACGGCCCCGCCGCCUCCGGUCCCGCUGCCAUUCGUGAUGGCUGGUUCCGCGAGACGUGCAGCCUGUGGCCGGGCCAGGCCCUAUCCCUGCAGGUGGAGCAGCUGCUUCACCAUCAGCGCUCGCGGUACCAGGAUAUCCUUGUCUUCCGCAGUAAGAGCUACGGCAACGUGCUGGUAUUGGACGGUGUCAUCCAGUGCACGGAAAGGGAUGAAUUCUCCUACCAGGAGAUGAUAGCCAACCUGCCGCUCUUCAGCCACCCCAACCCUCGCCAGGUGCUGAUCAUCGGGGGCGGGGACGGGGGUGUCCUGCGGGAGGUGGUGAAGCAUUCCUCCGUGGAGUCCGUGGUCCAGUGCGAGAUCGACGAGGAUGUCAUUCAGGUGUCUAAGAAGUACCUGCCGAGCAUGGCCGUUGGCUACUCUAGUCCAAAGCUGACCCUGCAUGUGGGCGACGGUUUUGAGUUCAUGAAGCAGAACCAGGACGCCUUCGAUGUCAUCAUCACUGACUCCUCAGACCCCAUGGGCCCUGCUGAGAGUCUCUUCAAGGAGUCCUAUUAUCAGCUCAUGAAAACAGCCCUCAAGGAGGAUGGGAUCCUCUGUUGCCAGGGCGAGUGCCAGUGGCUGCACCUGGACCUCAUCAAAGACAUGCAGCACUUCUGCAGGUCGCUGUUCCCCGUGGUGGGCUACGCCUACUGCACCAUCCCCACCUACCCCAGCGGCCAGAUCGGCUUCAUGCUGUGCAGCAAAAACCCAAGCACCAACUUCCAGGAGCCGGUGCGGCUGCUGACGCAGAAGCAAGUGGAUCAGAUGCAGCUGAGGUACUACAACUCGGACGUGCACCGGGCGGCCUUCGUCCUGCCUGAGUUCGCCCGCAAGGCCCUGAAUGACGUGAGCUGAGCCCAGGUGCCGCCGCCAACGUGCUCAGGACCUCGGGCCAGGGAGCCCUGGACAAGACCCCCGCCAGCACACCCACCAGCCGAGUGUCACAGGCCCCAGAAUGCUGCCCGGCCUGCCCCGCUGGCCGGACUGUCUGUCUGUCUCUCUGUGUGGUGUUCAGCCUCCAAGCCUAUACCAGCUCUGUACAGCGCCAUCUCUGCCCUCCUCACUCACCAAACACACGUAUUUAUAACAAAGCUCUGAAUCAUGUGUUCCCA